GACAGAAGGUUCGCCUUCAUAAAAGUGUAAUUAAAAAUAGUAGGGUAGCCUCGGUUUCAACUCGACCAUUGCUACGUCCGACGCUCUUUGCGAUGUUCUCCGGAAACAACCUGCAAUGGGACUGUGAACGACACACACAUAGAUGUCAGUAAAAGCCCAUUGAUGUGCGCUGCUCUCUGUCGGGUCGACUCACAAGCACAUUAUGUCGGUGGCGGGCGGCAGCCUUGAUGAAUGGGAGGAAGCUGUUGUCACGUACUGCUUGAGCUUCGGCCUCCAGUUCGGUUUUCAGGUUUUUGCUGCUCGGAAGGAAGCCUCCAAUGGGGGAACAACGUACUCUCCCUCUACAGUGUUUAUCGCGACACACACUCUCACUGCAGCGCUGCAGGAUGUCGCAAGCAGGACCACGGUUAAAGCUGCACCGGAUACACCAGCUGACCUGGCGGGCCUGGCGUGCGCCGUGCGCGAUCUGCAUGGCACCAUAUUUCAGACAUACAAGACAUGGCUUAAGGCCGCAAAGCUUCGCCCGGCAAAACGGCCUGCGCAUUCACAGCCUAAUGCGGACUCUCUGCACUAUGAGCUUGCGGACCUUGCAUUGUACUGGCUAGUGUACAGCGAGGCUGCCAACCUACGCCACACGCCGGAGAUGAUUUGGUUUAUCUACUACUGUGCUCAGAGCAGCUGGCAAGCGAAGCAGGUGCUUUUCCACCUGAGGUUGCACCACGGCGCGCUUGCAGCGCUCUCUCAGCAGCCGUGGCUAGCGGCCCUAGGUCCGGGUCUGACUCGUGCCGUACAAGCACUGCACGCCAGGUAUCGCCGUACAUCGGCCCGUGGCUGUGGUUACAGCGGCCAAGUGUACGACAGGGGCAAUCUGCUUCCGGAGGCAACUCUAACGCUGCCGUCAGGCGUAACGCCUGCAGUUGAAGUUACGGCAGUUGGUGCAACGUCGGAAGGCUCUGCGCCCUCGGCGGAUAACCAGUACGGCAAGGGUGUAGGAUCCCAGUUCCCCGACCGGUCUUCCUCACCGGAUCCGGUUCCGGGAAGCGGCAGUAGCUGCAACGGUAGCAGCCAUUCCGACGACGUACAUGCAGGCCGGGAUAACGGCUCCGCAACAGAUUCCACAACCACCACAACCGCCCAGGCCGCAGCCUGUUUGGACGCCGGCGGCAGACGCAGAAUGUCGCCAGCCUCCCCCUCCCUGCCGCUCCCGCCGGCCGUGAGCGUUCCUACCAGCAACAUCGAUAACAGCACCCCCAAGGCCGUUGCUGGUCCUCCCUUUAGCGCGUUCGCCAUUCCUGUCGCAGCAGAGAGCCUGGUGGCUGCUGUGCUGGCGCCGCCGCCAACAUGUUUCCCUGCCACACCGCAGCAUUUAGGCCCCGUGGCAAGCACCCCCAUGUCGCCGGUUUGGGACCCCAAGCAGCCGGUGCGGGACUACCCUGAGCUGCUGCUGCGGUUCUGCCCUAAUGAGGCCGCUGUGGCAGCAGCUCUGGCUGCUGGUGGCAGCAGCGGCAGUGAAGACAUGGGAGAUGGCGGCAAGCCAGAUGGUGGCAGCAGCAGCAACGCAACAUGCGGCACGCCUUUCUUGAGCCGGGUGGUGCAGCCGCUGUUCCUUUUCCUCACGGAGCAAAUUUUUGAGCUCGGACAGGCUCGGAGGCAGGGCCUAGAAUCAGCUGUACGUAUCAGCUACGAUGACGUCAGCGAAUCGAUGGCGCAUCCAGACGUGGUGGAAGCCGCGUUGGCGUGCCUGCCCUGGGCCACCACCACUGCCUCGGUGUUUGUGGAAACAGGGGCGCAGCAGCAGAGGGGCAGCGGUCUGCACGGCGGUGCGCAAUCGCAGCCGCUAGCGGCGGCAGCGGGUGCGGGUGUGGGAGUGAGUCAGCAUCAGCAUCAGCAGCAGCAGCAGGAGCAGCAUCGGCAGCAAGUGAUGCCGCGUGCUGCUGUCUCUGACGAGGAGCUCUACUGGUCUCGGCUGCUCGCCUUGAGCGAUCUGCCUUCUGCUGGUGCGGCUCGCAUUCCAUGGCAGGGAGACAUGGCGCACUACCGGCCCCAACUCUUGCGUCUGCUGCAUGGCGGUAGUGAUGAUGUUGCUGCAAAUCGACCCAUGGGUCGGGCGGAGGGCGCGACCGGCAUAAACACCGGCGGCGCUAACAAAGAGGUUACCUUGGAGUCGGCUGCCGUACAUUCCGGGAGCUCCCAGGAGGCUGUUUCGGAGCUCUCUUCGCUCCGCCGCGCCAAUGCGGCUGCGGAUUGGUGGGCUCGCCACGUGCUUCGCAAAACGUUUGUGGAGCACCGCAGCCUGGCGAUGCCGCUGAUUGCCUUUGCGCGGGUGUAUCAAUUCCAGCUGGUGUGGUUUUACCUUCUUUGCGUUUGGAGCUGGGCGAGUGAAAAGAACAUGAUGCAUUGGAUUGCCUCGGGAGCCGCGCUGCACUGGGGCUCAUGCUGCCUGCUGUGGACCAUGCAGGCUGUGCUGUCGACUGGUGCCCGUAUGAAGCGAUCAGGGGCCGUCAUCCCCUUCUACGCCUCCUCACUAGGUCGGCCCCAUCGGGGAUCGGGCCCCGCUGCCCCCUCCGACUCCCGCGGACUGAUGUGGUGGCUCAUGCAGCUGUACCUCCUGGUCGUCUGCUGGACCACUCUGGGCGUAGGCCUUUACGUUGCGUACAUCGUGUGGCCGCACCAUGACUUUUAUGGCUUUCAGUGUUAUCCGCUGUUCUGGGGCCGCUCGUGCUACUGGUGGAUUGCGGUGGUGUACGGCGGAGCGCUGCUGCUGUACGAGUUGCUGUACAGGCAGCUAAACCUGGGCGGUUACGCUCGCUCCCACUUUUACGACGUCCUCCUACGCCUAAUGCCGGGCGGAGGCACCUCCUCCGCGUCUUCCUGCGCCUCUCCCAUGUACGACCCGGCCGCCCACCUCCGUACCGGCCCCAAGUACCUGGUUGGCAAUGCAGCUCUGUGGGGCUCUGCUCUGGCGCUCAAAUUUGUCAUUGAUUACUUCAUCGUCGUGCGACCCGCGGGUCCAAGGCUGCGCGAGAUCAUGGCGCUUAGUAAGCUGGCAUGGUCCUUCCACAUUGGGUGGUCCUGGUGGCCUGAGGGGUGGUCCCGGCGGUUCAAGGUCGACGUAGAUCCCUGUCUGGCCGCUGCACAGGUUGUGGUGCUGUUCCUGCUGAGCCUGGUCAGCUCUGGGGUGGCGUACACGGUGGCAUCCGCGGUUUGCGGCACGCUGCAGGGCGUACGGCAGGGCCUUGGAUCCAUCCGCAAUUGGGGCCACAUCCGAGCCGGCUUUCACCGCGUGCAAGCAGCCAUGCGCGCUAAGCUGCUCUCUACGGAGGACACCAGCGCCCAGGAAAAUCGCUCCUGGGUCUUUUGCGUUGUCCGCGCUGUUUACCGUACGGUACUUGCAGUACUGCUGUUGCCGUACUCGUGGGUUGUGAAACUGCUGCGGUGGACAAAGUGUCUUCCGCCUCCCGUGGAUAACCGGCCCAAGAGCUGGGAGCAACGAGAGGAGACCCUAGCCAUCACAGCGCCCUUUUGGAACGCCGUGGUCCGCUCCAUGCGAGGUCGCGACCUGCUGUCAGACCGCGAGCUCGCCGCACUGUCCUUCAGCGCCGUGUCACUAAGCCCCGCCUCCCUCAUGAUGGCCACCUGGCGACGAGGCGGCUCCAACGCGGCCGCUGCUGCAGCGGCUGCAGAGGGACGCCGUGAUGGCGCUCGGCUUCCUCGAGAGACCUACUUGCCACCGGUGGCCGUGUACGUAGCCCAGAUCCCGCACCUGAUUAUGACGGGUUCCUCUGGCUCUUCGGAGCAGCUGGAGGUGCUGCAGGAGGCCUACAUGUACCUGCUACACCUCCUGGUGGCGGUGCGGGCGGUGCCUAGGUCCGCCGCGGCGGCGGAGAAGGAGCUCAGGAGCUACUAUGACAACGGCGAUGCUGCCGCCGCGGCCGCUGAAGCGGCUGCCGUGUUCUGUCCCGACCUACACAAGAACAACUUCCAUCCAGAGAUGUUUGCCAGCAUGCGGGUCCGCGCACCCAGCCACCGGCACCUCGUGGCUCGGCGUGAGCUGUUGGGCGGUAUAGUCGCGCUGGUGCGGGCUUUGCUGGAGGCGGGGAAGGUGUACAAGGACACGGCGGGGGUGCUGCAGGGGGGAAGCGGCGGAGGCUGCUCUGCGACCGCCGCCGCCAGCACAGCUGCCAACAACCGCAGCCGGGCAGUCGAUAAGCUCUGCAUGGCUCUCCACGCGGUGGCGCGCGGCAUGACAAAGAUGAAGGACCUCCCCUGGAACGUCACGGUCAUUGGCAACCGAGUGGUGGGGAAGCAGUACUACCACCAGCCGGCCGUCAAGGCGAGCCUGGACCGCGGAUUCAGCGCGCUGGUGGCCCCCAACCGCAAUAAUGCGACCACAUGGGGCGCUGAGCACAUGCCCGCCUAUGAGGAUUUCGCCAAGGUGACCUCCUGGCUGCUGGCCAUCCUGCGCCCCAGCGACGAGGGCACCGCGCCCACCAACUCGGAGGCGCUGGCGCUGCUGGCGGACUUCUGCUCGGGGCUGCUGCAUCCGGGGCUGCCGACCGCCCCGCGAGUGGAACGGAUGCGCUCCGUAACCACCCUCAUUCCGCACUACCAGGAGACGGUGCUGUAUGCGUUGAGCAGCUCUGACGCGCGAAGGGUGCUGGAGGCUUCGGGAGCCACUGCCUUAGAGGGCAACCUGGCAGACGAUGAAGUGCUCUUCAAGAACGAUGAGGGGGCGCCCAGCGAGCUGCUUCAGUACCUGGUUUCGGAGUUUCCAGAUGAGUUCCGGAACCUGCUGGAAAGGUGCCGUACACUGGUCCCACUGGCCAAGGAAGACCCGCCGUACGUCCUGGAUGACUUCCUGCCGUACGGCCGGUUGUACGAGCAUCGGGCCCAGCUGCUGUUGUGGGCAUCCUUCCGGGGCCAGGUGCUCGCCCGUACGGUCGACGGCAUGAGCAUGUACCGUACGGCACUAGCCAUGCAGGCCGUACACGAUGCCAUGAAUGCAGGGAACAACAAAAGCAGCCACAAUAGCAGGAACAGCGGAAACUGCAGCCGCCAAAACGGAAGCCAUCCCCCAAAGUCGUUCUUGCCGUCAUUGCGGCCGCAUGGGGAGAACCAGACAACUCUGGGACGCGGAGAAGGAGGCCGCGGCGGCGGUUGCGGAGACGAUGAUGACAAUGCUGGUGGUGGUGGUGGCCAUGGGGACGACGAAGCCCAAGAUGGGCGGCUGGUCCUGAGUGGAGUGCAGCGUAUGAUGGUCCGCGGCAUCCUAAGGGACCCCGCUCUCUCUGUGGAGGAGCUGGUAGCUCAGCUGGUGGACGUCGUACCUGGGUUGGGGCCCCUUUUGGAGCGGAAGUUCGGGCUGGUGGUGUCGAGCCAGGUGUUUGCACGCAUGGCGGGCUCACGUAGCCUGGCGGACCGCUGGCGGGCUCACGGCAUUGCGCUGCUGGCGACACGCUACCCCGCGCUGCGGGUGGCGUACUUGGAGCAGGAUGACGAGCCCAUCACGCUUUUCAAGGCUCCGGACUUCACCUACCGUGUCGUACACCAAGCCAGCGUGCUCGUACGUGCCGUACCUUUGGAGCGGGAAGCCGAGCUCCGCCGCCAGCGUCGAGCGGAGCGAGAGGCCGCCGCCGCCAGCGCCAAUGCGACGGCGGCGUUCAGCACUGGGCAUCCGUACGACUCGCCGUCAUUCGCCGCCGGCGGCGCGGCGACGGCGACGGCCAAUGCCGUGUCGCCGUCGGCGGCCGGGACGCCAAGCUGGGUGGAGGGCGGUUGCAGCGUGUGUGGAGAUGAUGACGGAAGCGAGGAUGGGACGGGCGAUGGAGAUGAGAUUGAUGUGGGAACUGUACUGCGGCUCUGGCGGCGACGGAACCAGCUGAGGCAUCUGAAGGCGGCGGAGCUGGAGGUCCUCUUCAGGCAGCGGCUGCCCGUCAACUACUACGAUACAAACGGCAGUGGCGUGGGAGUGAUCCUAGGCGAGGGAAAGCCCGAGAACCAGAAUACCGCAGUGCCGUACUGCCCCGGAGUGCUGCUACAAACCAUUGACAUGAACCAAGACAACUCACUGGCGCAGGCCUUCAAGCUUCGCAACGCUACCCGGGAGUUCGAGCCUCUGGGGCCCAGGCGCCGGAAGCAACAGGUGGCAGUGCUUGGCUACCCGGAGUGGAUCUUCUCGUACAGAUGUGGUCUUUUGGCAGACCUGGCAGCCGCAACGGAGCGAACAUUCGGGACCCAACUCCAGCGAGUUAUGGCCUUCCCAAGUGCCGUACGGAGUCACUACGGUCACCCUGACCUGUGGAACCGACUGUUCUCCAUGACACGUGGCGGAGUCAGCAAAUCCAAUGCCGUACAACACGUAUCUGAGGAUGUGUUUGGUGGUUACAACGCACUGAAGCGCGGCGGUCUGUCCAAGUACGUGUCGUACAUCAGCGUGGGCAAGGGCCGAGAUAUGGGGCUGGACUCCAUCCUGGGCUUCGAGGGGAAGAUCUCCAAGGGUUGCGCGGAGCAGCUCAUGAGUCGGGAUCUGCGCUUCCUGGGCGCCCACACCGACUUCUUCCGCUGCAUGUCACUGUACUUCACCGUUCCGGGGCACUUUAUCAACACCUGGCUCACGGUGCUCACCAUCCGACUGGGUGUGUGGGUGCAGCUGCUGCUGCUACUUGGCGGAGUGGGCAAGACGGGUGGCAGUCUGGCGAGUGCCAUGGGUGCCGUACAGAUCUUGCAGCUGGGCACCAUGCCCAUGCUAGGCUACAUCUUCAACCUAUGGCUUGAGUCGGGGCUGUCGGCGGCAUUGGCUACCGUGGCCCGCCAGUUUGUGGCGGGCGGGCUUCUGUUCCACAUCUUCAGGUCGACCACGAGCGCCUUCCAUCUGGGCCGUGCCGUGCUGUUUGGCGGCGCCAGCUACGUGGCCACGGGCCGCGGCUUCAGCCUGCGCCGCAAGAGCUUCACCCAGGUGUACGUCAAUUACGGCCGCAGCCAUCUGUACUUUGGUGCCGACAUCUUGCUCAUGGUGGUGCUUAUCCUUGUAGCUGGAAACAACGGCGGCAAUGCGCUUCCCAUCCCGGCAGUCGCCAUGUGGAGUCCGCUGCUGGUGGCGGCGGCGUUGCUGGCGGGGCCCUUUUGGUUCACCCCCUUCUUCUUCCGCUUGAACCAGGUACUCCGUGACACCCGUGAGUUCCGCGAUUGGCUAGCGGGCAGCGCAGCACGCGGCGUCCCCGAGGGCUGGGCCGAGUGGAACGCCUCGCAGCUAGCGACCCUGCGAGAUGAUUCGGGCUCACAGGUGCCCAAGUACCGCUUCUGGAGCACCGCUGCCAUUGUGGUCCCCCGCGCUGCCAUUGCCCUGCUUUCUGCGCUCGUGGCCGUCACUGGCGCACGCUUUGACGCACUUGGGGUGCCCGACAUGCUUUGGGUGCUGGGGGGCAGCGUGGUGGCCUGGUCGCUGCUGGCGCUGAAGGCCGCAACGCAUCGUGCCUACCUGUCUUCCGGGCUAGGGCAACACUGGCGCUGGGCCAAGGGCCUGGUGCAGGUGCUUGCCAUGUCGCUGGUGACGUUGUUGGCGGCGGUGUGUCUGUUCAUGCCGAGGAAGGGACUCAGGUUUUCGGGCGUGCUCAUCGCAAUGUACGCCAACUAUCAGGUGGCCUCCCUGCUGGUCUGCAUCUGCGUGGCUUGGUUUCCCAAGACCAUGCUGGCUCGCUCGCUCACCAAUGCCGCCUACCGCCAAGCCGACGCCGCGCUCGGCAUUGCGCUAGCAGCUGCGCUCAUCAUCAUUUGCUUUAUCGGCGAAAUCGGCCUCGUUAUGGUGGACAAGGUGCAGACGCUGGUUCAAUUUAACGACCGAUAUAGCCACACCCAAGCUGCCAGGCCGUACGCAGGAGACGACGACCCAGCGGCGGCGGCGACGCUCAUUGGCGGCGGCGCCGGCCUGGCCGCCGCUGCAAUGGCGGUUCUGCGUCGACGUCUUCCCAGCCAAACGCUAGCGCUGCCGCCGCUGAAUGCAAGUACUGGGGGCAUCGGCGGCGGCCCCGCCGCCGUUGGUGGCUCCGGAAUGGGCCAUGGGAUACCUCUGCCGCCGAUGAAUGCUUCCGUACAGCCGUCUAAUGCCAUGCAGCAAGGCUGGGUUAGCCCACGUUGCCGGCUUGGAGGAGGCUCUACCACUCCCGUCAUGAUGUUUAGCAACCACAACGCCAACUGCAAUGCGUGCCCCGGGCUUGUUAACGCCGCCGCCGCUGCUGCCAGUGAUCCGGAGAGUCCUCCUGCCAUCAAGUCCAUAGCCACCAUGGCCACUCCCACAUCCUCCACCGCUUCCACGGCGGUCGUGGACCCGCCCGGCUACCUGCAGUCGCCAUCCCAUGACCCUCAGCGCCAGUUGUCUGCAACCUCACGCUUAACUGACAUCCCAAGCCCCAGUAAUCGUGGCAGCAGCCUCAACGGCGAUGUCUUUACCUCUGCCACCGCUAUUGCAGCUGCUGCCGCCGCCGCGGCCGCGGCAGCAACAGGUACUGGCAUGACCGGCGGGCAGCAGCAGCAGCCAUCUCGUACCGCUUCCUUCAAGGAGGUAUCUUGGAGCAGCAGCCCCAUGUCAACGCCUGUACGACAGGGCUUAUCCCCUAUUUCCGUAAGCGUAAGCGGUGUCGGCAGCACUCCUACGGCUUCUGCUUCAUCACCGCUGGAGGAUGGGACCCCCUGCCUGCGCAGCAACAGCCUGGCUGCAAUGCGUUUACCUCCGGUGGAGAGUCGGCGUCCCGUGGCGGUUUCUCCCGCCCCGGCUGAAGCCGCCAUCCAGCGUAACGCAGUAACCCUUGUGCCGCAGCCGCCGCCGCGGCCUCCGCCGUCGCAGCUACAACAAGCGUCCUCUGCGCAACAGCAGCCAUCCACACCGCAGGAGCCGAGUCCAUCGCAGCUGCAGCCUGAGGGUCCUCGGCCGCAGCACACGGACAGUCCACAAGACGUAUCCGAGGGCGCCGGCGGCCGUAACGCUCCCAGCUUUGCCUGGAUUCCCAGGCCACCCACGGAACCCCCCGCAAGCAGCACCCGCAACGCCACCGAUGGCGGCGCUGCUGCUGCUACCGCUGACACUGCAACUUCCCGACCACCAAAGUGGGCAAAUCGCCCAGGUUCAGCUGCUGUGGCCUUCACCCGCAAUAGGUACGUCAGCCCUGUGCGACAGCAACACCGCGAGAUGCGUCCGCUAACCGCGGACCCACGUAUGGCUCUGAGGGCAACCUCAGAACGCACCCUCAACGCCGGCGCAGCAGACCCCAUGGCUACCACAAUCGGCGGCAUCCAUCCGCAUCCGCCACGCCACAGUGCGGGGGGGACCAUUGACAACGGCAGUGGCGGCGGCGGUGGAGGCAGCAGGGCACGCGUGAGAAUGGGUCCGGCCCCAGAGGCUAGCUCCUUUGCAGCGCCACGAGCGGCUGCGUUGGCUCACGGUGCGUUGUCUGGCUGGGUUGACCCUCGAGCCAUGCAGUUUAGUGGGGUAGGCAGCGGAGGGAAGACGGGAGAUACCGGUGACGGCAGCAGGCCGAGUGGAGGCGACGCAGUGUGAGAGGCGUGUGAGCCACAGUCAGUACACGUGAUGAAGAGGAAGGUCUUAUUGCAGUAACACAUCGGUGCGUUCCGUAACGUGACGUACUGGUAGAAAGGACCGUACUGGUAGAAUGGUGAGAGAUUGUCAGCAGUGUGAGCUUCUUGAAAUGAGAACGCUCUCUGGAGGGUGGUGCUACUGGCUGGCCGUGUCUGGCAGGCUUGAAGAUGCCCGAAGGACGUUUGCAUGCCGUACAAUGGCAGUGAGGCCAUGAGCGAUGCAACACGUGUGAGUCGCGGGCGUCCGUGUCAAAGCACGCCUCGCAGGGCUGUUGUGAUACUGAAAUUCUUGAUGUUUAGGUACCGGUAGGUGUUGCUGUGACAUGUUCGCCUCUCUAGUACUCGCAUUUACCCUGGGUAGCGAUCCCUAAAUUGCUUAUUGUCUAUGUUUGCGCGUUGUGAUCCUGUUUUGGCAAGCCGGUUUCGUGCUGUCCCUACCCUUUCCUACAUGCAUUACAUGCUAGACGCAGGGGUCGUGGUAAUUUUCGUUUGGCCACGGACGUUUUUUGGUGUGGGAGUAGAUGCUGUGGCGUUAUUUCGCAGGAUGUCCAUCUGCCGGAUGUAGCGGCGUACGAAGCCGUAGCGGACCAUUAGUAAGGAUUGCAAACCAGUGUCAAGGGCCCUGGGCGGACACGCUUUCCCUUGUGCGCGAAAGCACCCAGGCAAAAGUUGGUAAUGGCAGGAACUGCUGGAAGUUUAGUUACUGUGAUCCAGUCAACUGGGGUUGUCAUUAAUUUCAAGGCAGGUACUGUUUACGCUCCGUAAUUUAUUACACUGGGUGAUGUUACAACUUGGCUCAUCUGUUUAACUCUUCCUUAAGCUUUUGCUUGCGUGGUGGCAUGUA